UGAAGAAAACCCUGCAGGAUGAGCUUGAAGCCAUUCUGCAGAAGAGGAUUAUGGUGCUAGAUGGAGGGAUGGGGACCAUGAUCCAGCGGUACAAGCUAAAUGAAGAAUGCUUCCGAGGUCAAGAAUUUAAAGAUCAUGCCAGGCCACUGAAAGGCAACAAUGACAUUUUAAGUAUAACUCAGCCCGAUGUCAUUUAUCAGAUCCAUAAGGACUACUUGCUGGCUGGAGCAGAUAUCAUUGAAACAAAUACUUUUAGCAGCACUAGUAUUGCCCAAGCUGACUAUGGCCUUGAACACUUGGCCUACCGGAUGAACAAGUGCUCCGCGGGAGUGGCCAGAAAAGCCGCCGAGGAGAUAACUCUCCAGUCCGGAAUUAAGAGGUUUGUGGCGGGAGCUCUGGGUCCAACUAAUAAGACACUCUCUGUGUCCCCGUCUGUGGAAAGACCAGAGUAUAGGAACAUCACAUUUGAUGAGCUCGUCGAAGCAUACCAAGAGCAAGCCAAAGGACUUCUGGAUGGUGGGGUUGAUAUCUUACUCAUUGAAACUAUUUUUGAUACUGCCAAUGCGAAGGCAGCCUUGUUUGCACUCCAAAAUCUUUUUGAAGCGCAGUAUGCUCCCCGGCCUAUCUUCAUUUCAGGGACGAUUGUUGAUAAAAGUGGGCGGACUCUUUCUGGACAGACAGGAGAGGCAUUUGUCAUCAGUGUGUCUCAUGCAGACCCACUCUGCAUUGGAUUAAACUGUGCUCUGGGCGCAGCUGAAAUGAGACCUUUUAUUGAAACAAUUGGAAAAUGUACAACAGCCUAUGUUCUCUGUUAUCCCAAUGCAGGUCUCCCCAACACCUUUGGUGACUAUGAUGAAACACCUGCCAUGAUGGCCAUGCACCUGAAGGAGUUUGCUAUGGAUGGCUUGGUCAAUAUAGUAGGUGGAUGCUGUGGUUCAACACCAGAUCAUAUCAGGGAAAUUGCUGAAGCUGUGAAAAAUUGUAAGCCUAGAGUUCCACCUGUCACUGUUUUUGAAGGACAUAUGUCACUAUCUGGUCUAGAGCCCUUCAGGAUUGGACCGUACACCAACUUUGUUAACAUUGGAGAGCGCUGUAACGUUGCAGGAUCAAGGAAGUUUGCUAAACUCAUCAUGGCAGGAAACUAUGAAGCAGCCCUGAGCAUUGCCAAAAUGCAGGUGGAAAUGGGUGCCCAGGUGCUGGAUAUCAACAUGGACGAUGGCAUGCUAGAUGGGCCGAGUGCAAUGACCAGGUUUUGCAACUUAAUUGCUUCCGAGCCUGACAUCGCCAAGGUGCCCCUGUGCAUCGACUCUUCCAAUUUUGCUGUGAUUGAAGCUGGGCUGAAGUGCUGCCAGGGCAAGUGCAUUGUCAAUAGCAUUAGUCUGAAGGAGGGAGAGGACGACUUCUUGGAGAAGGCCAGGAAGAUUAAGAAGUUUGGAGCUGCUGUGGUAAUCAUGGCUUUUGAUGAAAUAGGACAGGCAACAGAAACAGACAUCAAAAUCAGUGUGUGCACCCGGGCCUACCAUCUGCUUGUGGAAAAACUGAGCUUUAAUCCAAAUGACAUCAUCUUUGAUCCCAAUAUCCUCACCAUUGGUACUGGGAUGGAAGAACACAACUUGUAUGCUGUUAAUUUUAUCUAUGCAACAAAAACCAUUAAAGAAACAUUACCUGGAGCCAGAAUAAGUGGAGGUCUUUCCAACUUGUCUUUCUCCUUUCGAGGAAUGGAAGCCAUUCGAGAAGCAAUGCAUGGAGUCUUCCUUUACCACGCGAUCAAGUUUGGUAUGGACAUGGGGAUAGUGAAUGCUGGAAACCUCCCUGUGUAUGAUGACAUCCAGAAGGAACUUCUCAAGCUCUGUGAAGAUCUGAUCUGGAAUAAAGACCCUGAGGCCACUGAAAAGCUCUUACGUUAUGCCCAGACUCAUGGCAAAGGAGGGAAGAAAGUCAUUCAGACGGACGACUGGAGGAAUGGCUCCAUCGAAGAGCGCCUCGAGUACGCCCUCGUGAAGGGCAUUGAAAAAUAUAUUGUUGAGGACACUGAGGAAGCCAGGUUAAACCAGGAAAAAUAUCCCCGACCUCUGAACAUCAUUGAAGGACCGCUCAUGAAUGGCAUGAAAGUUGUUGGUGAUCUUUUUGGAGCUGGAAAAAUGUUUCUACCACAGGUUAUAAAGUCAGCUCGGGUCAUGAAGAAGGCUGUGGGCCACCUCAUCCCCUUCAUGGAAAAAGAAAGAGAAGAAACCAGAGUGCUUAACGGUGUAGUAGAAGAGGAGGACCCUUACCAAGGCACCAUCGUUCUGGCCACCGUUAAAGGCGACGUGCAUGACAUAGGCAAGAACAUAGUUGGGGUGGUCCUUGGCUGCAAUAAUUUCCGAGUUAUCGAUUUAGGAGUCAUGACUCCCUGCGAUAAGAUACUGAAAGCUGCCCUUGAUCACAAAGCAGAUAUAAUUGGCCUGUCAGGACUCAUCACUCCUUCCCUGGAUGAAAUGAUUUUUGUUGCCAAGGAAAUGGAGAGGUUAGCUAUAAAAAUUCCGUUGUUAAUUGGAGGAGCAACCACUUCGAGAACCCACACGGCAGUUAAAAUAGCUCCAAGAUACAGUGCGCCUGUAAUCCAUGUCCUGGAUGCAUCCAAGAGUGUGGUGGUGUGUUCUCAGCUGUUAGAUGAAAAUCUAAAGGACGAAUAUUUUGAGGAAAUCAUGGAAGAAUAUGAAGAUAUUAGACAGGACCAUUAUGAAUCUCUCAAGGAGAGGAGAUACUUACCCUUAAGUCAAGCCAGAAAAAAUGGUUUCCAUAUUGAUUGGCUGUCUGAGCCUCCCCCAGUGAAGCCCAUGUUUAUUGGGACCCGGGUCUUUGAAGACUAUGACCUGCAGAAGCUGGUGGGCUACAUUGACUGGAAGCCUUUCUUUGAUGUCUGGCAGCUCCGCGGCAAGUACCCGAAUCGAGGUUUUCCCAAGAUAUUUAACGACAAAACAGUAGGUGAAGAGGCCAAGAAGGUCUAUGAUGAUGCCCAAAAUAUGCUGAACACAUUGAUUAGUCAAAAGAAACUCCAGGCCAGGGGCGUGGUGGGAUUCUGGCCAGCGCAGAGCGUCCAGGACGACAUCCACCUGUACGCAGAGGGUGCCGUGGCGCAGGCGGCAGAGCCCAUAGCCACCUUUCAUGGGCUGAGGCAGCAGGCCGAGAAGGACUCCGCCAGCACAGACCCGCACUACUGCCUCGCGGACUUCGUCGCCCCUGUGCAUUCUGGUGUCCGCGACUACCUGGGCCUGUUUGCUGUUGCCUGCUUUGGGGUGGAAGAGUUGAGCAGGGCCUAUGAGGACAGCGGUGAUGACUACAACAGCAUCAUGGUCAAGGCGCUGGGGGACCGGCUGGCGGAGGCCUUUGCAGAGGAGCUCCACGAACGGGUUCGCAAAGAGCUUUGGGCGUACUGCGGCGGCGAGCAGCUGGACGUGGCAGACCUGCGCAGGCUUCGCUAUAAGGGCAUCCGCCCGGCUCCCGGCUACCCCAGCCAGCCCGACCACACCGAGAAGCUCACCAUGUGGAGGCUGGCUGACAUCGAGCAGGCCACAGGCAUUAGCUUAACGGAAUCAUUAGCAAUGGCACCUGCUUCAGCGGUGUCGGGACUCUACUUCUCCAACCUGAAGUCCAGAUAUUUUGCUGUGGGGAAAAUUUCCAAGGAUCAGGUUGAGGAUUAUGCUUUUAGGAAGAACAUGUCUGUGGCCGAGGUUGAGAAAUGGCUUGGACCCAUCUUGGGAUAUGAUACAGACUAACUUAUAUUUAUUUUUUUGACCUUUUCUAUACUUCAUGAUCCUUAAGGAAAUAUAGUCCAAAGUGCCUUAGAAAUGAAAACAGCAAAAGCUUGUGUGUACUGCUUCUGGUUUUCCAAGACAAUUUGGUGGAUCCCUGUGAAGGAGCAGGGUUUUCCUCCGUACCUGGAAAACAAGCAACAUCGAACCAAGAGCGGCGAGCGGAGCUCCAGUGGUGUCCCUGGCCCCUCAGGAGCUGGGACAGGCUGCAUGUAGAGGUCUUUUGCAUUUCAAAGCAAGUCUGCUUGCUUUUUUCCAUCUUUAACUUGGAUCUAGGAGGCCACUUACACCUCUGUUUUGUUUUGUUUUUCCUCUUCAAAAAAAAGCCUGAAACUCAGUCGAAUAGAGAAAGGUGUAGAGAAAUGUGACCCUGUGGCAAAAGACACUGUGAGAAAUGCAGUAUUUUAAUCUAAAUGGUUACAACAGUGGACUCAAACAGGGAAGAAAGUAUAACUCUGCUCUCUCCUUGGCCGACCUCAUUUUCUAAAGGCUGAAUAAAGGGCUGCAGAGCUCCCUUUGGCAAAAGGCAUCAGAAGUGCUCGAGCAGUUGCCCUGGUGUGGCCAAGUGUUGUCAUGCUCUCCCGACCUCUUUGUCCUGUAAUUUCGUAGUCCCUAGCCCGAAGGGAAAAAGAGAAGGAGAUGGGGAGAGAGGAUGGCCGUGAAGGGUGGUUAACAUCUUUUAGUUGUUUGCAGAAUUGAGCAGGUUGUCAACUGAGCUGCAGUGUCCUGUGCAGCACUGGAUGGGUGGACAGCAUGCUGCCACUCAGUCUUCCUUUUCUAUGCUAGCCCAACUCCACACUCAUGCAGUUUAGGAACAGCACAUUAACUUGUUCUCCGUUAUUUCAGGGGCAAUGGUUAAGAGCAUGGGCUUUGAAGUCAGACAUACUCGGAUUCAAAUUUCAGCCCUGCCACCUAAUUGCUACGUGAGUAGGUGAAUUUACUUAAGCUUCCCAGCACUGUUUCAUCAUCUCCUUUCCCUGGUUCCCCUUUGACAUCAUUCUGUAGGUUAACCUUCUACAUUUCUGAUCAUUUCUCAGCCAUUUUCAUAGUUUUUUCUCCUCUGUGCACUUAAAUCCCCGUGCACCCACGGGUCCAUCAUUAGUUACCUUCUUAGUCUGUGUGGUCCCUUGGGCAACCUUAUCUAGGCAGCUCCAUCCACACUCCUCCCUCCUGGAGCACACAGCCUGCAUCCUGCAGCUCCUCCAGCAGGAUGUGCAGACGUCCCAAGCCAGUGUGUCCCGAGCCGGUGUCAAUUCAUUCUUCUCAAAUUCCUUAUGUAUUCAGUAAUGAAGAAUGGUGCCCGCACUCCAGCAGCACACCUCAAACUCACCCCAUAUCCUCCUCUGCUUGGACUUUUGCAGUUAUCUCAAAAAUGUGCACAUAAAAGAUGCACAUAUCCUACUUUAGUGGGUGGUGGUGGAAAUGUUCAGAGAAGGCAGUGGUUGAGGGCUGGUUUGGAGCUUGUAAGGCAGAGACCAGGAAGCAAGACAUGAGCAGACGAAGCACUGUCUUUUUUUGUGAGUAGGAAUAUUAGAGGUUGUGGAGGCAUCAGAUCUCCCCCGAUGGAUCUGUAGGUUCAAUGACAUUUCCUACAGAGAUUUUGUUGAACAUAACCAGCAGAUAUUUAAAUUUCUUUGCAAUAGCAGAGGACUGAGAAUGGCCAAAUGCUGCUAAAUAUGAAGAAGAGGUUGAGGGACUUACAAGGUACCAAGUUUUAUUGCAGAGAUAGUGCCAUACCUGGUGCAGAAGUGGAACAAAUCAAGGAGCCUGGAAACUAACCCAGGCCUGUGUGGACCUUUGAGUGAUGACAGCAUGGCAGGGCAGAUCAGUGGGGACAGUAAGGACCACUCUGUAAACAGUGCUAGGACAGUGGUUAUCCAUACGGGAAAAAAAUUUGAUUUCUGCCUCACACCUUACCCAGCAGUCAAUUCCAUAUGUUAAGGGCUUCGAUACAAAAAGCAAAAGUUUUAAAUAAUUACAUGAAAAACCUCAGGGCAGGAAGGACGGGAGACACAAAGCAAUAAUCAUAAAAGAAAAGAGAUUAAAUCAACUCUGUUAAAACUAAGGGCUUAUGUUAAGCAGAUGAACAAUGUAAGUGAAAAGACCGGCCACUCUUGAGAAGACAUACAGUAGAUAACUGACAAGAAUCUGUAGAGAAUUUCUACUUUAAAAAAACUCAGUACACUAAUACACUUGAGAGAGAAGGCAUUUCACAGAAGAGGAAAUACAUGGGGCUGUACCCAAGUAGAAGGAUGAUCCGCAGCACCAGUGAUGCGAGGAAUAUGAGUUAAGAGCACAGUGAGAUUCCAUUCUACGCCGAACACUUGAAGAAGUUGGGUCUGACGGUACCAGGUGUUAAAGAGGAUGUGUGGAAUCGCAUACAUUGUCAUGGUGUGUAAACAGACACCGGUGCUUUAGAAAACAAUCACACGUCACAAACUUGAACACGCGCAGACUUUGUGAUCUAGCUGCCAGCUCCCAGGUGGAUGUCCGGCAAACUCGUGCAUGUGGCCACUGGAGGUGUGUGCAGAAAUGUCCAUAGGAACAUAUUCUUGAUAGUUAAUAACUGAAAAAAGCGAAAUCUCUGUCUGUCUGCAGGAGAAUGGGUAAAUAAAUUAGGUUAUCUUCACCCUAAGGGAUAUUGUUCUGUAGCGGAAAGGAAUGAACUACGGCUCUACCUCACACUGAGAAGAAUCUCGGAAAAUAUUAAGGAAGAAAAACAGGUUCCAGGAGCCCCCAGAUGUAUGAUGCUAUUUUGAUUGAGCUCAAAAACAAGCACAACCAAAGAAUAUAUUGUGUAGGUGUACAUAUGUGACAAAACUGUUAUAAAAGAAAGAAAAACUCACAGAAUGCUAAACCAAAAUUUAGUGUAGUGAUUACCCGUGGAGGGGGGAUGGAGGGGCU